AUUUGAAAUAAAUAAAUAAAUAAAUAAAUAAUCAUUACUGAAGUUUUCAAUUAGGUCUCAUGGAUCAGAGAAAUGGGACUCUGCCAACCUUCUUCACUAUUGCUGGCAUCUCAGACCUCCCGGCAUUGCAGUUUCCAAUAUUCCUUCUAGUUGUAUUUAUUUAUUUAAGUACUCUUGCUGGUAAUAUAGCCAUUCUUCUACUUAUUUGCCUUUAUCGUCAUCUUCACACUCCCAUGUACUUCUUUUUGGCCAACCUUUCCAUCUUGGACAUCAGUUCUUCUACAAUCACUCUCCAUAAAAUACUUUUAACCUUUGUAUCAGGAGAUAAAACAACUUCUCUUACAGUCUGUUUAGCACAAAUAUAUGUUUUUCUAUCUUUAACUAGUGAUGAGUUGGUGAUUUUGACUGCGAUGAGUUAUGAUCGAUAUGUAGCUGUAUGCAACCCCUUGCGUUACAAUGUAAUUAUAAACCAAGAAAUCUGUGCACUUCUAAUGUCUGUAUGCUGGAUUUGGGGAUUUUUGAUAUGUCUGGAAACAUUUUUAGAACUAACCAGGCUAACAUGCUUUCAAUCAAAUAAAAUCAAUCACUUCUACUGUGAUGUUGUGCCUGUGAUGAAGAUAUCCUGCAAUGAUACUUCAUUUUUGGAGAUUUACAUUCUUAUUAUGGGACUUAUUGUUGUGGUUGUAAUCCCAUUUCUUCUGACUCUCAUUUCUUAUGUUUUCAUUAUUGUUUCCAUAAUGAAGAUCCGUACUAACACUGGGAGACGUAAAGCCUUUUACACUUGCUCCUCCCACCUCACAGUUGUCAUCCUUCUUUACACUACUCUCAUCUGCCAAUACUUUAGGCCAGUUUCAGGAGACACUUUAGAGUCUAAUAAAUUUUUCUCUUUUUUUAACACAGUUGCUGUACCCAUACUGAAUCCCCUGAUUUACAGCUUGAAAAAUAAAGAUGUGAAGUUGGCUUUUAAGAAGUUUAGAUGUAAGAUGCAGGCAAACAAUAAACAACGCACUAGGCAAAACUAAGCUAUAUAUAAGGGAAAUUAAUCUAAUCUGUAUACUGUAUCUAAAUGCUUAUUGGUUCACUGCUUAAACAGGUUACCCAUGCUCAAAUAGU